UGGAAACCCCUCGGAGUCACGCUGCCCAGUGGCGAAGGGAGCGCUCGCCCGCAGUGGCAACAGCAGCGCCACCGUCCCCGUCGCUCUCCUUUUCUCUUCUGCAGCCUCCGUUCCUCUGAUUUUCCCCCACGUCCUUUGACGAUUUUUUUUUUCCGAGAAGGAGAGGGCGGGGUAGGUGUCAGUCCCCUCCUCUCUCUCCCCCCUCCUUUUCCUUCUUGGUUUGAAUUUCUUCCCCCCGGCAUUUCACUGGCUCACGGAGCUGGAGACUAGACCCGCUCAGAGGGAAGAGGAAGGCUGAGUCUCCCCUGCUGUUCCAGACCUAGAAGAACUGGAGCCUGGAGGGGGUGAGGGGAGAAGAAGGACCAGCGGGAGGGACUUGGCUUGCUCUCGCAUUUGAGGACAGCCCAUCUCCCUUGGAGAACCCCGCGGAGAGACGGACUGCAUCUCCGCAGCAAGCUUUUGGAGUACCGCUGCCCAGAAGGCGAAGGAUGGUGGUGGCUCCCAGAGCCCGCUGCAGAGCAGCGCUUUCUCUGUGGAUUGUCAGCAGCUUCAUCUGCAGAGCCUGGACAGCUCCCUCCACGUCCCAAAAAUGUGAUGAGCCACUGGUCUCUGGGCUUCCCCAUGUAGCCUUCAGCAGCUCUUCCUCCAUGUCCAGCAGCUAUUCUCCAGGCUAUGCCAAGAUCAACAAGCGAGGGGGUGCUGGAGGAUGGUCUCCAUCUGACAGUGACCAUUACCAGUGGCUUCAGGUUGACUUUGGCAACCGGAAGCAGAUCAGCGCCAUUGCAACCCAAGGGAGAUACAGCAGCUCCGACUGGGUGACCCAGUACCGAAUGCUCUACAGUGACACGGGGAGAAACUGGAAACCCUACCAUCAGGACGGGAAUAUCUGGGCAUUUCCUGGAAACACCAACUCGGACAGCGUGGUCCGGCAUGACCUGCAGCAUCCCGUGGUGGCCCGCUAUGUGCGCAUGGUGCCCCUGGACUGGAACGGAGAGGGCCGCAUCGGGCUCCGCGUGGAGGUGUACGGCUGCGCCUACUGGGCUGAUGUCAUCAACUUCGACGGCCACGUCGUGUUGCCAUACAGAUUCAGAAACAAGAAGAUGAAGACGCUGAAGGACGUCAUCGCCUUGAAGUUUAAAACCUCUGAAAGUGAAGGGGUCAUCCUGCACGGAGAAGGACAGCAAGGGGACUACAUCACGUUGGAACUGAAAAAAGCCAAGCUGGUCCUCAGUUUGAACCUAGGAAGCAACCAGCUGGGCCCCAUCUAUGGCCACACAUCUGUGAUGACGGGAACCCUGUUGGAUGAUCACCACUGGCACUCUGUGGUCAUCGAGCGCCAGGGACGGAGCAUCAACCUCACGCUGGACAGGAGUGUGCAGCACUUCCGCACCAACGGGGAGUUCGACUAUCUGGACUUGGACUACGAGAUAACUUUUGGAGGCAUUCCUUUCUCUGGAAAGCCAAGUUCCAGUAGUAGAAAGAAUUUUAAAGGCUGCAUGGAAAGCAUUAACUACAAUGGCAUCAACAUUACUGAUCUUGCCAGAAGGAAGAAAUUAGAGCCAUCAAAUGUGGGAAAUUUGAGUUUCUCUUGUGUGGAGCCCUAUACGGUACCUGUCUUUUUCAAUGCUACAAGUUACCUGGAGGUGCCCGGACGCCUUGAGCAGGACCUGUUUUCAGUCAGUUUCCAGUUCAGGACCUGGAACCCCAAUGGUCUCCUGCUCUUCAGUCACUUUGCCGAUAAUCUGGGCAACGUGGAAAUCGACCUCACAGAGAGCAAAGUGGCCGUUCACAUCAAUGUCACGCAGACCAAGAUGAGUCAGAUUGACAUUUCCUCAGGUUCUGGGUUGAAUGAUGGUCAGUGGCAUGAGGUUCGUUUUCUAGCCAAGGAAAACUUCGCUAUUCUCACCAUUGAUGGGGAUGAAGCAUCAGCUGUUCGAACAAAUAGUCCUCUUCAAGUUAAAACUGGAGAGAAAUACUUCUUUGGAGGUUUUCUGAACCAGAUGAAUAACUCAAGUCACUCUGUUCUUCAGCCUUCAUUCCAAGGAUGCAUGCAGCUUAUCCAAGUGGACGACCAACUUGUAAAUCUGUAUGAAGUGGCACAAAGGAAGCCGGGAAGUUUUGCAAAUGUCAGCAUCGACAUGUGCGCCAUCAUAGACAGAUGUGUGCCCAAUCACUGUGAGCAUGGAGGGAAGUGCUCGCAGACGUGGGACAGCUUCAAAUGCUCUUGCGAGGAGACAGGAUACAGCGGGGCCACCUGCCACAACUCUAUCUACGAGCCUUCCUGCGAAGCAUACAAACACCUAGGCCAGACGUCAAAUUACUACUGGAUAGAUCCUGAUGGCAGUGGACCUCUGGGGCCUCUGAAAGUUUACUGCAACAUGACAGAGGACAAAGUGUGGACCAUCGUGUCUCACGACUUGCAGAUGCAGACGACGGUGGUAGGCUACAACCCAGAAAAGUACUCGGUGACACAGCUCAUCUACAGUGCCUCCAUGGACCAGAUCAGCGCCAUCACCAGCAGCGCCGAGUACUGCGAACAGUACGUCUCCUACUUCUGCAAGAUGUCCAGGCUGUUGAACACCCCAGAUGGGAGUCCCUACACGUGGUGGGUUGGCAAAGCCAACGAGAAGCACUACUACUGGGGGGGCUCGGAGCCUGGGAUUCAGAAGUGCGCCUGUGGCAUCGAGCGCAACUGCACGGACCCCAAGUACUACUGCAACUGUGACGCAGACUACAAACAGUGGAGGAAGGAUGCCGGCUUCUUAUCCUACAAAGAUCACCUGCCCGUGAGCCAGGUGGUGGUUGGAGAUACCGACCGGCAAGGCUCAGAAGCCAAACUGAGUGUGGGUCCCCUGCGCUGCCAAGGAGACAGGAACUACUGGAAUGCGGCCUCGUUCCCAAACCCGUCAUCCUACCUGCACUUCUCUACUUUCCAAGGGGAAACGAGCGCCGACAUUUCUUUCUACUUCAAAACCCUAAUCCCUCGGGGAGUGUUUCUGGAAAAUCUGGGGAACACAGAUUUCAUCAAGCUGGAGCUGAAGUCUGCCACAGAGGUGUCCUUCUCAUUCGAUGUUGGAAAUGGGCCAGUGGAGAUUGUAGUGAGGUCGCCCUCCCCUCUCAACGAUGACCAGUGGCACCGGGUCACUGCAGAGAGGAACGUCAAGCAAGCCAGUCUCCAGGUGGACCGGCUGCCCCAGCAGAUCCGCAAGGCCCCGACGGAAGGCCACACCCGCCUGGAGCUCUACAGCCAGCUGUUCGUUGGUGGCGCUGGAGGCCAGCAAGGCUUCCUGGGCUGCAUCCGCUCCUUGAGGAUGAAUGGAGUGACACUUGACCUUGAGGAAAGAGCCAAGGUCACAUCUGGGUUCAAAUCUGGGUGCUCUGGCCACUGCACCAGCUAUGGGACCAACUGUGAGAAUGGAGGCAAAUGCAUAGAAAAAUAUCAUGGCUACUCCUGCGACUGCUCAAACACAGCCUAUGACGGGACCUUUUGCAACAAAGAUGUUGGUGCGUUCUUUGAAGAGGGGAUGUGGCUUCGGUACAACUUCCAGGCACCUGCAGUCAAUUCCAAAGACUCGGGCAGUAGAGCAGAGAACUCUCUGGACCAGCAGCACUCGGGCCCAGACCUGGCUCAGGAGCAGAUCCAUUUCAGCUUCAGCACCACCAGGGCACCCUGCAUCCUCCUCUACGUCAGUUCUCUCACCACGGACUUCUUGGCAGUUCUCGUCAAACCCACCGGAAAUUUGCAGAUUCGGUACAACCUGGGAGGCACCAGAGAGCCGUACAAUAUUGAUGUAGACCACAGGAACAUGGCCAACGGACAACCCCACAGUGUCAACAUCACCCGCCACGAGAAGACCAUAAUUCUCAAGCUCGAUCAUUAUCCUUCUGUGAGUUACCAUCUGCCAAGUUCAUCGGACACACUCUUCAAUUCCCCCAAGGCGCUCUUUCUUGGAAAAGUUAUAGAAACAGGGAAGAUUGACCAGGAGAUCCACAAAUACAACACCCCGGGAUUCACAGGCUGCCUCUCCAGGGUCCAGUUCAACCACAUCGCCCCGCUCAAGGCCGCCCUGAGGCAGACCAACACCUCGGCCCAGGUGCACAUCCAGGGCGAGCUGGUCGAGUCCAACUGCGGGGCCUCCCCGCUGACGCUGUCCCCCAUGUCGUCCGCCACCGACCCCUGGCACCUCGACCACUUGGACUCAGCGAGUGCUGAUUUCCCAUAUAAUCCAGGACAAGGACAAGCUAUAAGAAAUGGAGUCAACAGAAACUCAGCUAUCAUUGGAGGGGUCAUUGCCGUGGUGAUUUUCACCAUCCUCUGCACCUUGGUCUUCCUCAUCCGGUACAUGUUCCGUCACAAGGGCACCUACCACACCAACGAAGCCAAGGGAGCCGAGUCCGCGGAGAGCGCCGAUGCUGCCAUCAUGAACAACGACCCCAAUUUCACAGAGACCAUUGAUGAGAGCAAAAAGGAAUGGCUCAUUUGAGGGGUGGCAAUUUGGCCAUGGGAUAGGGAGGGGGGACUUGUAGAGAGAAGGGAAAGGGACAAGAGCACCCCGCUUCAUACUCCUGAGCACAUCCUUCAAAUAUCAGCACAAGUUGGGGAAGGCAAGCGACAGAAUAUUCUUGAGACUGAUCACUAUAAAAAUACUUUUUAAUAUUUCUUUAUAGCUGAGUUCCCCCUUCCGUAUCAAAACGAAAUAAUACAGAAAAUGCUUUUAGAGUUUAAGCAACGGUUGAAUUUGUAGGUAAUAUCUGUCUUAUUUUGUGCGUGUUUAGAGGUGUUCUAAAAUCCCGUGGUAACAGGGCAAGUUUUUUACAUUUUUAAGAGCCCUUAGAAUGUGGAUAUUUUUUCUUGAGGAAAAAAAAAAAAACUGAAUUACAUCCAUCCAUAUGGCCUCCAACAUCCUCUUCCUUUUGCAUAGAGUCAACUUUUAAUGGGCUGUCGUAGUAACUAGUUUGUGUUCAUAUGAUAUUUCUUUUUGUGUCCUGUAAAUUGGAAAAGGGAAGAAAAGGGCAAAGAGAACCAGUUUUCCAGUUUUCAGAGACCCCACUCUCUGCCACUUCUCUGAGGGCUCCAGCCCACACAGGCGGCUAGAAGAAAGAUGGAUGUGAUCAACGCAACCCUAGAGAGCGAGGAAGAACAGGGAAAGGCGUGCACCUUGGGUCAUGGGUUUGAUUUUUCAUUGAAUUCUAUGAGAUAACACUGUCCCAUGUAUGUAGUCUUAGAUCUACUCAAUAUCUGUAACUAUCAGCUACAAUACUGUGGUGACCACCUGUUACAAAAGAUCUUUCUUGUUUUACCUGCAGCACAUUAUAUAUGUAGACACACCUCGGUGGGGAAUUAGAGCCAGAUGGUAUGAUUUGUUUGCUCUGUUUUUCUUUUAUAGUUGUAGCAAAAGUAUGGACACUUCCUAGCGAAUGCAUAUAUUAGGUUGCUUUCCUUACUUUGCUUUAAAUCUCAAGUUUUUAAACCCCUGUGAUAAAAUCCUAGCAGAUAGAGCCCUCUGAAUGACACAACACAAUAAAGCCAAGUUAUUAUUGCUGUUACUCUGGAAUCGUGUGGGAAACACUGCCAUAUUUUUAAUCAACUGCACCACGUGUUAUUCCAUCCAAAAUAGACACACUGCCAUGAUUCAGAGCUCUUCUAUGACGGACACAUUUGAAGCUCAAGUUCAUUACAAGCCUGGUUGCUUCUCAGAGAAUGGAUAUGUCAAAUCUAUCACACCUCUUAGCUUAACUUAUCCCAACAAGUAGCUCAUUGAUUUUCUUUGAAAUAAUAGACUUCAUGUAAGCAGAUGGGAUAAUGCUUCCUGUUGCAGUACUCAAAACAGAAUUUAAUAUAUUUAUUUCUUUAAAAAGAUCAUGCAAAAGUUAUUUCUAGAAUGAUUUCCAUUCAAGCCUCUUGUACUUAAUAAGCUCUUCUUAAAAAAAUUUGUAGACCCCGACGUUUUGAAAAAUUACUUAUGCUCACUCUUUCCUGCUCCUCCAUGAAGGAGCCUAAGGUGAGGUUUAAAAGGUGUGGACACUAUUUCCCAUGGUCUGGCUCAGUAAAAUGGAGAUUCUAGUUGGUUGGAUUCUGUAGGCCCAAUUUAUUAAAGGACAUGAAUUGACUGAAUCAUGGAAAAGCUUGUUCAGAGCUGCCAAGGACACAUUAUGCAAGUAGUGACCCAAUCCAAAGGAGACAGUGGACCAGUCCAUUCCCCUGAGAGCCAAGGUAACGGGACAAAAGGGAGUCAAUCUUGAGGCCCUUUCAUGGCUUUUUGUUGACCUCAGACACACACUUAAAUUUCAGGAAGGCUUGACCAGUCCUCUAUAAAAUGCGUUGGAAAUGGAAAAGUAUUUAAUCUGACUAAAUAUUAAAGCAAUUCAGCAUUGACAAAUGACGUACUGAAAGCAAAGGCCAUUUUAUUUCACCAGGAUGACUACCAUUAAGGUUUCCUUUAUGGAUUCUCAUAUGGAAAAACAAAUCUUAAACAUUAUGAUUUAAAAUUGCUUCUGAUUUUUAAACCUAUUUUAAGUAUUUCUUUGGCACUUAAAAAAAAUAAAUUUCCAGGUGGAGAUUUAUUGUUUCUUGCAUUUGCCAUAAUCAUCAUAUACUUUAGGCAUCAUCUCAGCACUUUUCCUUUCCUCCCCAAAUGGUUAGGAGGUAAAAGUCAUCAAAAUUAGCCCCUGGUAUUAAAAUGUUCUCACCCUUUCUUUCUCUUUCCUGUCUCCUUUCCUCUUUCUGCCACAAAAGGUGAAAAAUCAGAUCCAACCCUUCUCUCACCAAAUUUGCAAACCUAGGACACUGAGUGACUGCAAGGGUCAGGUGUUCUCCCACAUUCCCAUCAAACAGGACACAAAGACCACUGAGAUACAUGAAGGUGGAUGAGGUUUUGAAUCACCAAGUUAACUACCAAACAGGCCCUGGAAAUCUCCGCCUCUUGUUGGGAUUAUGGGGCUCAACAAAAACACCUAGCUUUGUUUAUGAAGGCCUUGUCUAGUACAUUCUAAAUGGCAACUUGUUUACGUGAAGAAAAUCAAAUAACUUUUCUGCCAAUUCCUUCCCUUGACAGCUUAGCACGUGGCAGCCUCGUAGCCAUAACAUGACCCAUACUCAGUGCUGGUCUUACCUGGUCAUUCAUAUUCCAGGUCUCGACGUCUGACAUCCCAUACACCACUAACCUGGCAAACAGGCUAGUAGGAGCCUCCUCUGUAAGUGAUGAGCAUACACGCACACGCACACAAACAUACAUACACACACACACAUACACACACACACCCCAAGAGACUGUUUUAAAGUCUCAGGGAACAUUGAUGGAUGAUUUAGGGUUGAUGUACAAGAAACAUCAUCGGCAUAGGAAGCAAACAUCUUUUGAGAAGCCAGGAACAGGGGGCUUUGAAUGAAUGUGACGUUCUCGAAAUAGCUUAUUCCCUAGAGCUCAAGAAAGUUAGCUCAGGAAGAAGGCACUAGCUCAUUGCUGAAUGAUUCUCUGGCCCUUCUUAACAUUUAAGAAUGAUUUUCUUGAAGGGCUGGGAACAAGAAUUUAAACGGCUAGUGUUAGACAUUCUCCUGUUGCCCUACAUUUGACAAGCAAGCAUUCCUUAGCAAAGGAGCAGGAAUGCAGAGGCACCAGAGAAAGAGCUGGCCUGGGCCAGAGAGGAGGUCUUAGGGUUAUUGUUAAACAUCUGUUACGCAGCCGCCCAGCGCAGACAGACACGUGGCAGCACUUCAGGACGAAGCCAACGGGUGUGGGCUGUGGAGAUGAGAGGCUGAGGCAGCGUCAGAAGAAGCUUCCUUGCUUCUGCGACAGGAUCUCUUCUUUUCCCUCCCUCCACUUGGUCCUCUCCCUCCUCUGCCCAUAUCACAACCUUGUCACAUUCUGAAACCUAACGGCCCCUUUAUAUCUCACAUCUCCAGACAAUUCCCACCUGAUUUGAACCACUUCAUAUUUUUUGCCUUUAGCUAUCCUGUUAAGCAGUUUUUAAAAGGAAGACCACAAUUAUUACAUGAACUUUAAAUUAGCCAACCAAUAAUAGGUCCUAAGUUGCUUCUCCCAGUAGAAACACCUGGUCCUGAAAUGGGUGAGAAACCAGCAAUAGUGCACCCAACCAUUGGACUAAAAACCAACAAACACCUGGUGAGAGCAGACCCCAAGAAUCAGCCAACAGAGCCCCAAUCCUUAAUCUCCAAGUCCCUGAACUUCUGUCCCUCUUUGCUCUGUAUUUAAGAUGGAGCUAUUUUACCUACUUCGUAAGCAUUUGUGAGAUGCCAUUGAUUCUUAACUAUGAAACACUUUGAAAUCCAAAUAUAAAGGCCAAGGCCAACAGAGCUACUGAAGACCAACUUCUUGAGGUUGUAAGUCACAUCAAAAGAACCGCGUGGCCAUGUCCAGGAAUGUGGAAGCUUAGAGGGUGUGCUGUUCAACAGCCAAAUUAUCAAUUGUGUAGACUUCCAGAGAGCCAACGGGUCAACACUGGAAAUGCACCACAGCCAAACGCCAAAAAAAAAUAGUGGCAUUUUUUGUGCAUCAAGCCCUGAGCUCCCACCUGGAUGUGGCUGACAGCUCACCUUACCUGUUCAUCCCCCGACCCAAUGUGGUUUAGACUGGCUUUUGAGUAAGUCAAUACAAAAUAUAAAAACAGCAUUUUUAUGUAACCUGGUGGCUCUGUGCCUACACCACACUUGCCUUGAAUGGUAAUGUUGGAAAUUUUAAAAGUGCGUUUCUUUUACAGAAUAUUUUUGGCAUACAAGUGGUAUCUAAACUCAUUAUCAGUGAAAUCUCGCACUGAGGAAAAACUGUCAGAAGGCAAUUAUGAAUGUGUGUUGACAAACGACACACAUUCACAGGCUUCUUUUCCAGAUGAAAAUGUGCUGCAAAAACAGGUCUCCUCAGGCAGUCUGACCAUGUCCAAGGCUCGGUGACUUACUGGAUGUUCCUGCCGGCUUCUGAGAUGGCUGUGAAAUAUGGCAGUUCCUCCCCAGUAGACCAAGAAACCAUUCUUGGUGUUACUGAUUCUAAGUUUUGUUUUCUUGAUUUUUUUUUUUUAACUUUUUAAGUGAGCAUGGUGACUGCAGAGAUCAGAGCUGAGAAAAACUGGGCUAAGUAUUCUUUCUGUGAAGUCAGUUAGGACUCCAUCCCUGUGAAAUUACACAAAAUUUCACUCUCUACAAGCAACAGCAUGUAAACUAGAAUGAGAGAAGGAAAUUAUGUAUGUAUGCCUAUUAUUCUUUGUGAAUGUCUUUCAUUUAACUAAAAUUAUAUUAGCAGCCAGAUUGAUAAAUAAAAAAUUCAAAAUAGUUUUAAUUAUCCAAAAA